UCCUUGGAAAUUUGGGUGGUAGAAAAUGAUCAAUUUUCACAUUAUGUGCUCCUUUCAGUUGUUUACAAGAAGUGAAAAUAGGCAUACAAGUUCAUUUUAUGUUGUGAGAUGAGAUUUUUUUAAUCCAACAUAUAAUUGUUUGUUGUUUUAUUUAUUUUUUUUAAAUUAGUUGUUUUCAAGGAGAAGUAUCAUAACAAUAAAGAAUAUUAUCUUCAAUGAAAAGAAAAAUAACCUGACAUUUUCUAUGACCUCCAGGUGGGGCUACAGCACCAGUGAAAAUGUGGAGCUUUCUGUAUUUCAAAUAAAGAGAAUCUUUAUUAAGCAUAAAAAUCCCACCACUUUUUGGUAGAUGUCAAUAUAUUAUGUAUUUACUAAAGACAUCUUUGACCCACAUAUAUAAAUACAAAUAAAUAAUAUUUCAUUUGUCUUUCGCGGUGGGUUUGUUAAGGGUUAACCGACAGUCCCGCCAUUUCACUGCAAACGUCACAAACCAUUUCGCAUCUGGAACAGCUACGCAAUGGAGCGAGCUACGGCGGAGGACGGAGCUGAUAAGAAACUUAAAAGAGUGAGAGACGAAUUUGUCCAACGAGUGUCUGAUGCAGUGAUUAAUCAACUCUUAGAUUUAUGUUUAAAACAUGGUGUGUUGGGUGAUGAAGAGAAAGAUUCAAUCCUGGAGGGGAACCGCACGCGAGCUAAUAAGGCACGCGCUCUCAUUGACGCGGUGACUAGAAAAGGACCCGAGACCUGCGAGAAGGUGAUUGGUUACCUGGAAAGUAAAGACCGAAUGCUUUUCAAACAGCUGGGUUUGUCCAGCGCUCAGGCUUCCCAGUCAGCUGGCAGAAGGAAAGAAGAAGAAGAAGAAACGGCUUGUAAACGAGCUCGACAACAGGACAAGCCAGAUGGAGUGACUCGGAGCCAGGACUUGUCAGAGCUGCAGCUUCUGCAGGUCGCCGAGCAGCUUGGGAAGGAGUGGAAGCAGGUCGCCAUCUACUUAGGCUUGGAAUCCAACGACGUGGAUGACCUGGAGGAAGCAGAGAUAAGUGUAACCAUGCGGAAGCAGAAAAUGCUGUUGAAGUGGAAGAACAAAAGGAAGCGAGGAGAAGCUACAGCCAAACACCUGCUGGAGAGUCUGAAGGAGAUGGAGAACCUGUCUCACAAAGUUUAUGAGAUACUGGAAGGAAUGAUGAGCAAUAAGAGGGAUGAAGCUGAUAAAUAAAUCAGCCAUGAAUUCAACAUGUGCUACGGAGGAAAGUCAACCUGUGGAUUUCAGCUCUUCGAUUUUUGUUUUCUGCAGAAGAAACACCUGGACAUUUAAAAAAAAAAAUGUUUUAUUGGCUCUAGCUGCCUUUAUUUAUGAGUUGUUAUUCAGAGAAAGCAAUGAGAGAAGAGGGAAGACAUGCAGCAACAGCCACCAGGCUGGGAAUCGAACCUGUGCCGUCCAUGUCGAGGAUUACAGGCUCUAUAUCUGGGUUGUGCUUUGCCCCUGCAUCCCCACAGAACCCAGAUAUCUUUAUUUAAAUUUGUUCAAGUAUAAAAAUUAGUUUCCUGUAACAAGCACAGACUAAUAAAGUCUUAAGAAAAAGAAGUUUGAUAACCGAUUACAGCGUGAAGGCUGAUUUAAUUACUGAAUUAAGAAUUAAUUUUCUCUCCUGUUUAUGUAAUUUGAUUUUAAUAAAAAAAAU